UGCUGGUUUUUACACGUCAGUUUGGUACUCUUGCGAUUUGGGUCUUAAACUGUAGUCGACGUCUAAUCACUGUCAUCCUCUCGUCUCAUCCCUUCAUCCUCUCAUCUCAUCCUGUUCAAAAGCGGCGCCAUGGCCGGUGUUCCGCAGCUGAUUAAAGUCGCAUUUUCCCUGAAGACCACUCCGGAUGACGGGCCCGUGUUCUUUAAAGCGGACGGGACGAGAUUUGGCCAGAACCGAACCAUAAAACUGCUCACUGGCACCAAAUAUAAAAUAGAAAUAACCGUCAAACCCGGCGCGGUCGAGGCUUCAUCCAUGAGUGUCGGUGGGGCUACGUUUUCUUUGGAGCAGAAGUCCAAAGACCCACAGGCAGUAGUGUAUUCGGCGAUGUAUGACACUGAAGGGGUGGCGCACACCAAAAGUGGAGAGCGGCAGCCUGUCCAAGUGAGCAUACACUUUAUGGCAGCCGGUCUCUUUGAGACUAUGUGGCAGGUAAAAUUCUACAACUACAACAAGAGAGACCACUGCCAGUGGGGCAACAGCUUCCGCAGCAUCGAGUACGAGUGCAAACCUAACGACACCCACAGCCUGAUGUGGAUCAGUAAGGAAACGUUUUUGUGAGAAAUUACUGACAGCUUUCUGAUGCAAAUUAGAAUAUGAGGACCAAGAAAGCAAACUUUGCAUGGGAAUCGCAUAACCAGCAAUGAAGUGUACAUGGACAUGUCUGUCAUAAUGUGUAUUCAUAUAUCAUUCAUCAUAGUAUAUACACAUAUUCAUUAUAAAGUACGUCUCUGUACAUACAGAAGUAUCAUAUGCACAAUACAUAUCUUCCAGAUCCUGUAGAGCAUUAUCACAAUUGUCAUUAUUCUGACUGGGAUUUAACUGUUUAUGUUGUUCAAUGCAUUUUGCUUUUGCUCUUUGUUGUUAUUUUCAUGUUUGUCCAUUUUGUGUUCUGUGAUCUCUAUAUCUGAGACAGUGCUGAUUCUGUGUGUUCAGUCAGAAUGCAAUAAUCAGAGUGGCGGGCUUCCAAACCUUCUACUAAAGGUCGUAACUCGUCAUUUCAAACAUAUAAUAAAUGUUCAACAUGGCCACUGUCUGCACCAUUGUGCUCGUCGUCAAGUAGAUCAGUGGUUCUCAAAUGUUUUGUAGCUCCUCGAACUGUAAAAGAAGUUCCUCGGAUCUCCUCAGGAUGUGUUUUUUUUUAUAAACAUUAUUUUUAAAAAUAUAAAUAGUAUAUUUUGGAGCUGUAUAGCUUUCUAUUCCUGAAAGUUUUCACCGAUAAACACUGAGUUGACUUUGGUGCUUGGACCCCUAAAUAAAAUAAUAACUGUAACAAAAUGAAAAGAAAAUCAAAGACCCAUCAGGCUAUGCUUUGUGGAGAUCUAAGGGUCCCCAGACCCUAUUUUGAGAACCAUAAUAGCCUAGCAUGUAAUGCAAAAAAAGACUUAGUGGUACAACGGCAUAGCAGGUUGCAUUGCUGUUCAAUCACGAGAUUGGGUUAGUGUCUGUGUGGCGUUUCUGUGCAUGUUCUGCCUUUCUUCUCGUGUGUGUGUGUGUGUGUGUGUGUGUGUGUGUGUGUGUGUGUGUGUGUGUGUGUGUGUGUGUGUGUGUGUGUGUGUGUGUGUGUGUGUGUGUGUGUGUGUGUGUGUGUGUGUGUGUGUGUGUGUGUACGUGGCUCUCUGCGAUGGACUGGCAUUCCAUCCAUCAGAGCUGAAUUCUCCUGUCUUGCGCCCAGUGUUCCUGGGAUAGACUCCAGAUCCACCGUAACCCUGAGCAGCAUCAAGCAGUUAGUGACAAUGAAUGAUAAUAAUACACAAAACUCAUGUAAGACUGUGUAAUUAAGACUACACAAGGAGUGUUGUAAGAAUGAGGUUUAUGUCCUAAUGCUGUUUUUUUUUUUUUUUAGAAAUUUGUACAUGUAUUGUCACAAACAUAACAAAGAUAGAUAGAUUUUAAUUUCCACUAUUGAGUUGUAUUGUUUGUUAGGUUUUUUCUGUUUUGUUUAAAUAUUUGAUACUCUAAUAAUAAAACAACAAUCUACACAGGUGUGUUUACUGUUUCCAUGGUUUCAUUACUACUCUGUAAAACUUUUCCCUUUAUCUGUGUAAUGUGGUUAAAUAUUGUGGUAUGCAAUACAACUAA